AUGAAUAUUCUUCUUCUGCCAGUGGAAGUCCAUCUGGACAUAUUUAAAUAUCUCAACUUUAACCAAAUAUCCUCUAUUCAACAAACAAAUAGCUAUUUCUGUUCAUUAAUUGAUAAAUAUAUUGGGAUAUUGGCAAAGAAGAAAUUUUAUUCUUUUGAGACAAUUGUGUAUAAAUCGGUUAAUGACAAGAACAAAUAUUUAAAAUUAAAUGAAGAGGAUAUUGGUUUGGCUGGUGGUUUUGAGUUGAGUAAGGAACUUGAGGGGAAGUGGCAAGUUGCUGUCGAUAACAAAACUCCAAUGUAUUGUUUUUCUGAAAUUUACAAAUCAAAGGAGCCUUACAUUGUCAAUUUUGCUAUUUGUUUGACUGAAAAGGAAGGUGAAGAAGAAGGUGAAUUUUCAAUUUAG